GAUCCAACACUCUGUUAUGACUCAGUGGACGAAGUAAAUGUGUCGGCGUGUCACAUAAAUAAAGACGUGUCAAUAUUCAUUUUUCAAUAAAAAAAAGGAAGGGGAUUACAUUUGCUGGUAACCUUGGCGAAAAGUACUGAGCAAGAUGAUUACUGACAUUCAACUCGCAAUAUUCUCCAAUAUUCUUGGAGUCACACUGUUUUUCCUCGUAUUUCUAUUCCACUAUAUAAAUGCUAAUUACGGAAAAUAAGAAGUGUCCAUGAUAUCCAUGCAAAAAAAAUUCAGGAGCCGAAACUACUCACCCAAAUGACAACGCAGGAGACUUUUUAUCACGUUUGUAACUACUCGUGUUCUAGAAGUUGAAAGAGAAUUAUUACAUUGUAUACUAUGAUGCGACAAUUCCUGGAAUAAAUUUUAAUUUCUAUGUA